AUGGACGGGAGUCUGUUUGUGCUUCUUCUGCUGUCAGGUCUCUUGAAGACUACUUCUGGUCUUUCUCGUCAGUACUACUAUAUAAAUGCCAGAAUGUCAUGGCCAGAGGCUCAGAGUUACUGUAGAGCGAAGCACACUGACCUGGCUUUUAUAGACAGAAUGAGUGAUGCAAGCCAGCUGAUAAAUAUAGUGGAUGCUGGAUACAGUGGAUCAGUGUGGAUAGGACUGAAGAGGGGGACACAGAAACGCUGGGGUUGGUCUCAGGGAGAAGAAACACUUGCACAGUACAGUGCCUGGGCUGCAGGAGAACCGAACAAUCUAAACGAAUGCGCUUUUCUUGCCUAUGGAGUUUGGCAUACUUACCAGUGCUCAAAUCCGAUUUACUUUGUGUGCUACAAUGGCACUAGUUACAUCUGGGUAGAGAUGUGGAAGAACUGGGCGGAAGCUCAGAGCUACUGCAGAAAGCAUUACACAGAUCUGCCCACCAUCCACAACUCUCAGGAACAGAAUCAGCUCAAGAGUAUUGUUUCAUCAUCAGCAUGGGUUUGGAUUGGUCUGUUCCGGGACUCUUGGGAAUGGUCUGACAAAUGGAGCAACUUCUUUAGACACUGGGCAGCGGGUCAACCAUCCCAGAGUUCAGGAUCUGGUGACUGUGUUGGCAUGUCAACAACUGAUUCUGGGAAAUGGAUUUGUUCAAGCUGUGAUCUAGGGCGUCCUUUUAUCUGCCAUGGAUGGCCCAAGUCUCCUUACCGCGCAUACCUGUAUAUGAAUGAAAUUAUGACCUGGCAAGAUGCUCAGAGUUACUGUAGAGCGAGAUUCUAUGAUCUGGCCACUUCUGACAACAUGAAUAAUGUGAACAGGCUAGUAAAUACAGUGGAUCCUGGAUACAGUGGUUCAGUAUGGAUAGGUCUCAGUGCUGGGACAGAAUAUCGCUGGGUCUGGUCUAUGGGAGAUGGUGCAAUCUCCCAGUACAGUAUGUGGUAUACAGGAGAACCGAGUGGUGAUGGGGAGUGUGUGAGGAGUUUUAAUGGAAGCUGGUAUGAUGAGAGCUGCAGCACCGUUCUCCCAUUUGUGUGUUUCAAUGACAGCACUGGUUUUAUUAUUAAUAAGACUGCUAUGACAUGGAGAGAUGCUCAGAGUUACUGCAGACAACAACACACUGAUUUGGCGAGUAUCAGCAGCCCAGAGCAGCAGAAUCUGCUCAGUAAUGAAUCGUCACUCUGGAUCGGUCUGUUUCUGGACUCUUGGCAGUGGUCUGAUCAAACGAAACUCAGUUUUAGAUACUGGGCAGCAGAUCAAUCUUUACGGAGUUUAGUGCCUACUAACUGUGCUGGCAUGUCAAGAACCAAUUCUGGGAGAUGGUCUCAAUACAGCUGUGAUCUAAGGCAGCCUUUUAUCUGCUAUGGAGCUGACAAGUUAAUUAGAAAACAGGUUGUACGGUUGAAAUUGUCCUGUAAUGGAAAAUGCACAUUGAAUGAUCCUUCACUACAAACUGCCUUUCUAAAUGUGAUAAGUGACAAGUUGAAGAGCAUGGGGCUGGAAAGUAACAAAAUGAGCUGGAAUCAGGGGGAAGAUGAAGAGGUGUUUCAUCUGGAGAGCAAACAUACAGCCUAUUAAAAUAAUCAUUGUAAUAGGCAGUAAUCGUCAAUGUACUUAUUUUAACUUUUGAAACAGAUUCAAAGAAUAUUAUGUAAAUCUUA